UCUCUAGUUCUUUCUGUUGAGGAUUUUUCUUUCUCUCUUGCUGAAGACCAGAUUCUGGUCAGAUUCACAGAUUCUACUUCUUUUAUCUCUCGUGAUUUGUUAAAGCCCUGCUGAAUUCGCUGCUUAAUUCAACAGGAAGUGAGUCCACUGAGGGAGGCAGAAGAGCUGGUGGAGUGAUCAACUGAAACCUCCACAAAUCCUAUCCAAGGGCAGCAUAAGAACUUGGCUGGUAUGUGGCCGUGGUGUACGUUGAUACUUGAUCAGACUGAGCCCUGCUACCUGCUUCCACGAGGCUUCCAUUGUCCUGCCUGCCUGCCAAUCCUUGGUUGAUCCCACUUGCAAACCUUUGCCCGUGCAGUAGGGAUAAAGCUACCACUACAUUCUACUACCUCUCGACAACAAUGGAUUUCAGUAGCAGUCUCUACAGUAUUGGGGAAGAAAUAGACAGUGAUGAGUUGGCCUCCCUGAAGUUCCUAAGCCUGGACCACAUCCCACAAAGGAAGCAGGAACCCAUCAAGGACGCCUUGAUGUUAUUCGAGAGACUCCAGGAAAAGAGAAUGUUGGAGGAAAGCAACCUGUCCUUCCUGAAGGAGCUGCUCUUCCAUAUUAACCGACUGGAUCUCCUGCUUACUUACCUGGGUACUAGCAGGGAGGAGAUGGAGAGAGAACUUCAGACCCCUGGCAGGGCUCAAAUUUCUGCCUACAGGGUCAUGCUUUUUCAGAUUUCAGAAGAAGUAUCUAAAGCGCAAUUGAGAACUUUUAAGUUUUUUUUGAGCCAGGACAUCUCCAAAUGUAAACUGGAAGAUGACAUGAGCUUGCUCGAUAUUUUCAUAGAAAUGGAGAAGAGGGUCAUCCUAGGGGAAAGAAACUUGGACACCCUGAAAAGAGUCUUCGGCAAAAUCAACAAGAGCCUGCUGAAGAAAAUCAAUGAUUAUGAAGAAUUAAGCAGAGAGAGAAGAUUGAGCCUUGAAAGAUCAUCAGAUGAAUUUUCAAAUGGGGAGGAGACAUUCAGAAUGCUGGAAAUAUCAGACUCUCCAAGAGAACAAGACGGUGAUUCACAGACAUCUGACAAAGUUUACAGAAUGCAAAGCAAACCUCGGGGAUACUGUUUGAUCUUCAACAACUAUGAUUUUAGCACAGCACGGAAGGCAGUGGACAAACUUCAAAGAAUUAGGGAUAGGAAUGGCACCCACUUGGAUAAAGAUGCUUUAAGCAAGACCUUUAAUGAGCUUCAUUUUGAGGUAGUACAUUUUGAAGACUCCACAGCAAAAGAAAUCCAUGAGGUUCUGAAGGUCUACCAAGGCAUGGACCACAAUAACAAAGACUGCUUCAUCUGCUGCAUCCUCUCCCACGGAGACAAGGGCAUCAUCUAUGGCACUGAUGGAGAGGAGGUCUCCAUCUAUGAGCUGACAUCUUAUUUCACUGGUUCGAACUGCCCUUCUCUUGCUGGAAAACCCAAAGUCUUUUUUAUUCAGGCUUGUCAAGGGGAUAAUUACCAGAAAGGAAUACCAGUUGAGACUGACUCAGAGCAGAAGGAAGCCUAUUUAGAAAUGGACGUAUCACUUCAAAAGAGAUAUAUCCCAGAUGAGGCUGACUUUCUGCUGGGGAUGGCUACUGUGAACAACUGUGUUUCCUACCGAAACCCUGCAGAGGGGACCUGGUAUAUCCAGUCACUUUGCCAGAGCCUGAGAGAAAGAUGUCCUCGAGGUGACGAUAUUCUCACCAUCCUGACUGAAGUGAACUAUGAAGUGAGCAACAAGGAUGACAGGAAACACAUGGGGAAACAGAUGCCACAGCCUUCCUUCACUCUGAGGAAAAAACUUUUCUUUCCCCUUAAUUGAUGCUAUGUUUACCUGCAUAACACUAUAGUUGUUUCUUGCUGCUUUUUUUUAUGGCAUUUUGCACAAUCGUCGGGUUAAAGUUAAUAUGAUAUUAACUUUUAUGCCACAAGCUAACUUUUACACUAUGUAAAUAUUUUUUAAUUAAAAAUUUGAUUUAAUUCUUUUAAAAUUAUGAUUAUUUUGCAAGCUUUUUAAUAAUCUAUUGCCAAGCUCUCCUUUUAGCUGAUAAUGUGUAAAUUGCUGCAUAUUAACAACAUGUUGCUUCAUGCUAAUGUUGCACUCCUCCUUUCAUGCAUUUGCACUGCUCUUUCUACCUGCGAUCAGCUUAUUCUACAGCUUUAGCCAGCUUUAAAACGGCAUUAUUUUUCUAGAAUUUUUUUUUCAAAAAUAUUUUAAUAGAAUAAAAUAUAAUCUUAUUUUACUGUU